GAUGGACAUCACUCUGGGUUCCGCCUUGGCCGAAAGUGGAGAGCCUGGCCCAAAGCAACUAUCACCGAUUGUCCCGUUACUCGUAUAUCCUUUGGUGGUGUUCCUCGCGUAGGCGUGACGCCAUGUUGUGAAAAGUGUGUCUGGGAAAAAAAAUACAAAAAAAAUAAAACGUACCGAGAACUGCACUCGAAAGUUGAAAGCAAAUUUAGAAACCAAAACAGUGUCUGAGUGAGAGGGAGGCUAGCUAGCUAGAAAAGAUGGCCAACCGAGUUGUGGGUGGUGCACUAUCAGCGGUGGUGCUGCUGGCUGUGAUGGUGGUUCAGUGCAUCCUGGCGACGCCCCAACGCACCGCUGCCUAUUCGCUGCAGGCGGCUGUGGACGAACUGCAUCGUCGGGAGGCGGCCAAGUACCCGCUGAAUGUCCCUCCACCGCCGGCUCUCGACGACUGGGAUGAAGAUGGCGAAUUAUUUGGCAAGAAUAGAAAUCGGAAUCGGCAUCGAGUUAAUAAGGCACUUGGCAAGUACUUAGAACGCGACGAUGACAACUACGGUCCAGAUCACUUGGGUCUGGACCUGGGCAGGGGAUUGGGUCUGGGAUUGGGAUUGGGUUACCAGGACGAGAGAGGAGAGAGCAGUGCCAGGGGCAAUCGCCUGCUGGGCGAUGAGAAGAGAAAGCGCCUUUCCGCUUUUCGGGAACGUGACGAGCAGUCCGAUGGACCUGUAUCUUCGGUCUUCCGCGAACGUGAAAAUCAGCCAUUGAACGCCGAGCCCUCGCGCAAUGAGCUGGCGGAUCAGUUUCUGCGCGAGAUCGAGGAGGCUCGGGAACGGGAUGCAGUGCGGCAGUGGUGGCGCCAUCUGGAUCAGGCCAAGAGCCCGCAACAGGAACUGGAGACAGAUCCCCAAGACUCGGAACUGUAUGAGCAAAAGAAGAGAAUGCGAGUGCCCCCCUACUACCUUUUGAUGCAAAAGAAGCGAUCCUAUCCGGUGCUGCCAUGGCUGCCAUACAACGGCGACAAGCGAAAGCGAUUCCCGGUGGCCAAACGGAGUACCAAUGCCCGACCUGAAUCUGGACCACUGGGCCAGACCGAUGAGCGAGUGGCCCAGGAGCUGAGUGAGCUUUUCGGCAAGCCUGGCGGCGAUUCCCGGCCACAUCCUGAAGAGAAACGCAAGCGAUCGGCAGAUGAUCAGUCCAAGUCUGGUGCCACCACCAAUCAGCCGGACACGCCUCCGGCCACCGCCACCGCUGUAGGGGAUAUGCGAUUGGAGAUCAACUUCCAGCGGGUGAAUGUGACCAGUGUCGCUCCCAAGGCCUCCACCUCUGCUCCUCCGGCUACCGGAGAAAUGGUGCAACACGGCGGACAUGCUGGACAUCAUGGCGGCCAUGUUCCAGGCAUGAGUCCGGAGUAUCGCCACCGGAAACGCAGUGACCACACUCAUGCCGAGAACGCUGAGGAACCGGAAACCGACGAGCACGACGAAGAGGGUGAGGAGAGUUCCGAUGAGGAUGACCACGACGAGUUCGACGAGGAGGAUGGCGAAGGUGACCUCGAUCCGGAGGAUGCCGAGGAGCGAAGGCGCAAGAAGAAGCGAGCUGCUGCCGGUGGAAAUUCGGAAAUUGGUGAAGGCUCCUCCAAGCACAUCCAUGCCCCAACAGUGGGUCACUUGAUGCUCCGGGCCAAGAAGUCCAUCGACUGGUCCCAGUACUUUGGAUUAGAUCGCAAGAAGAAGUCAUCGCCAGGAAAUGAUCAACUUAAGAAACGCAGCGAUAGCGAUAGCAGCAACACUAAUGACGACGACGAGGAGGAGGAGUCCUCGGAAGCGGAGAAGAAGAAGCGUGACUUUGAUGCCGAGAAGCUGGAGAGCAUGGACAAGAAACUGCAGUCCAUCGAGGACUUUAUCAUCGAUGAGACCAUCAAGUAUACGGGUGCCCAUGAAGGUCUGAACAGUCGAGAUGAUAUUCGCAGGAUCAAGGACCAUGUCCUUUCGCGUCUGGCCACAGCAUACAGUCUGGAGAAGAUGCGUCGUGCUCUGGACAAGCUAAGGAGAUCCGUAGAAACUGAAAAUCAUCUGGUACACAACAAAAUAGAGACGGAAUCGGAGGAGAACUCUCUGAACUCCAACUAUUGGCAGGCGAAGAAAUCCGUGAAAAAGGAUCAGGCUGAUGAGCUAAAUGAAGAGUCCAGGCCCCCCAAGGACAUGGAGAAAAAGAAGCGCAGUGGAUAUUUGCGUUAUCCGGAGCAGCCCAACACCAUGGAUGAAUCAGCCCUCAGCCUAGGCAGUGUUCCCUACGAGACCCAGAAUGACGCCUACCUGGGCAACAAGAACUACAUAAUUGGCUCCAACCAGUGCCCCAUCAUCGAGUCCAUGGCGGAGCGUUGCCGGGGCGUGGAUCUCAUCUCCGGGGAUAUUAAUCAGGAGCUAUUGCCUCUGUGUGGAGUUCAUCAGAUUUGCUAUCUCUGUGGCGCCUCUCAAGUGGCCUGUGACUACCAGUAUCUGGCCGAGGCGGACGGCAUUUGUGGCGGCAGCAACGACUGUCAGUCGGCAGCCCGCUCGAUCCUUAUGAUCCUCCGGGGAUCCCCCGGCCGUCAGCUAGGUCCUCGGGAGUGUCUAAAGAAUCCCUGCCUGUACAGGGCAAUGCGAGAGAUCGGUCUUUAAGCGGCUCCCAGUGGACAGCCCUGGCCAGUGUUUUCCUAACGUCUUUUUGUGUGCGUUUAAAAAGAAAAGCAAAAUAAAAAUUAAAUAUAAAUUUAAAAAAAAAAAGAAAAAUCCGUGAAAUCCAGAAACACAACAGAGAGACAAGAUAAAAACGAGCCCAAAUACAAAAAAAUAUAUAAAAUCCAAGCUGAACCAGCAAAGAUUCAAAACCAAAUAAUAAACUGAAAUAGACAGAAACAAAGUGAAAAAAUAUUUUGAUGGAUUUUGAUGUCUGCAGGCAACUAGAGUUUACCAGAUACCUAAAAAGAGAAACACAUAUAUAUAUAUUAUAUACAAAGAAAUAACGAUUCUGUUCAUCGCAGUAGGCGCCAAAUGAGAGAUUUAAAAUUAUUUUAAAUGUUCAGUGUCCAACCGAAUUUUUCGAAACAUAUUUGCAACUCAAAUACCAUAUAUGCGUGUUUAAAUGUACAAAAAGUGAUCAUAACCGAAAAAUAAAUGAAAAUAAAUAUAUAUAACAUGUGUAACCAAAAUAUAUACAAGUAAUUAAUUGCCAGCUUUUAAGUAUAUAUUAUUCGCUUGACAUUUUGAGGGAAGGCUCAUAUGUAUGUGGCUCACAUUGGCAGCUAAUUGUCCCUAGUCCAAGUUCCAUUACCCAAAAAAAUCAAAUGGCCUCACUUUGGUUCGACUUGGAUUUCGCUGAAAUCUAAAACUCAACACAAUUGAUCGAUUUUAGAAUAAAAAGAAAACAUCGAUCAGCAAACCGAUCGAUAACAACUCCACAUGCAACAUAACUAAUAUGCAUAAUAACGUUUUAUAAAUGUGUUUCAACGUGCAUACAAUAAAUGGACAUAACUAAGACAAAUAUCUAAUGCUCUAAUCUAUAUAUUAGAUGUGAUUAAAUAAUAUACACGAAGGAGUUUAAAUAAAUUUAUAAACUAUAAAUGAAAACUUUUAAGUAUUUGCAUAUAAAGGGCAGCAUUUAACCAAAAUCUCAACAACACCGAGUAUAUUGGUUGCUAAAUCAAAAUAUUUCAAUAUUUACUUGUAAUGAAAUUAUAUUUGAACUUGAUGUAUAUGUGCUACCGUUUGCGAAACACAAAAAAGAAAAAAUCAUAUUUGAAAAUAUUUAUUGCUAUACAGUUAUCAUGAAUGUCGAAUAUAAAUGUGGGACGGUCCCUAAUAAUCCUUGUUGUUUUUUAUUUGGGGAAAAGGGCAAGUCAUCAGGGCAAGUACUGUCAUUCAUCUCAAAAUCGUACAAAAUUAUGAACCACAGAAAAUUCUCAUAAAAUUUUUAGAAAAUUCUCAUCAAAAAGUUCAUAAUGGAUGUUUCUGGCCAGUUUAUUGUUCCACCUCUAAUUUCUGACGUUCCUUCGAAGCGGACGAAGGCUUUCCAUCAUCUCAGAAUCCUCUGGAGCCCGGUCUAUCGACGUUCUGUGCCCAAAAAAGUUGGGGGAUCUUCGCUGAAAACAAUUUCAUGAAGAACAAGAAGUCCAGAAAGACAGUGGAUCUCUAAAUUAUUUCAGUUUUCAAGGCAUUAUCAUUCGCCAAUAAAAAUUUAAAUGGAGAAUUCAAAACUAA